AAACAACCAAGAAGGUUACCUUACAUUCCACGUUUCUUCCACCCCCAAACACCACACCAGUAUUUAUGGCCUUGUUUUCCUCUCUGGCUUUUCUUCUCAUAUUCCCAUCAUCUCCACCCUCUUCCACCUUCACUUCUUAAUCCUUUUCUUCCCUCAUUCACAUCUUCACCCUCCCUCUCUCUGCACAAUUCUCUUUCAAACACCUCAGUCACAGUCUCUUAAAUUAUGGAAAACGUUUCAGUGCUAAGUAAGGAAGAGGAUCAGAUGGAUUUGCCACCUGGAUUUCGGUUUCACCCCACUGAUGAAGAGCUUAUAAGCCAUUACCUCUACAAGAAGGUCAUUGACACAAACUUCUCUGCAAGGGCCAUUGGAGAAGUCGACCUAAACAAGUCUGAACCUUGGGAUUUGCCAUGGAAAGCGAAAAUGGGAGAGAAAGAAUGGUACUUUUUCUGCGUGAGAGACAGAAAAUACCCCACUGGGUUGAGGACCAACAGGGCCACGGAAAAAGGAUAUUGGAAGGCCACAGGGAAAGACAAGGAAAUCUUCAGAGGAAAAUCGCUUGUUGGAAUGAAGAAAACUCUUGUUUUCUACAAGGGUCGAGCCCCCAAAGGAGAAAAAAGCAACUGGGUCAUGCAUGAAUACAGACUCGAGGGUAAAUUCUCGGUUCACAAUCUCCCCAAAACUGCAAAGAACGAGUGGGUGAUUUGUAGGGUGUUUCAAAAGAGUUCAGCUGGGAAGAAAACCCAUAUUUCGGGGAUAAUGAGGUUGGAUUCUUUUGGGAAUGAAUUGGGUUCUUCUGGCUUACCACCCCUCACAGAGUCCUCACCUUCCAUUGGCAACAAGCCCAAACCACUCACUGAUUCGGCUUACGUGCCCUGCUUCUCCAGUCCAAUUGAUCUUCAAAGAAACCAUGAAGGCAUCUUUGAUUCCUUCACCAACCCCAUUUACGGGGUAUCAUCAAAUUCACUAGAUAUUCUUCCAAGAAUGCAACCUUCUGCCUCAUUCUACUCCAUUCAAGGUGUUCAAGUUGCGGCUAAUUUUCAAUUUCCAGGUUCUGUCUGUGGUGAUCAGAGCAUCUUAAAAGCCUUAUGUGAAAACAACGGCUCAAACUUCACCAAUGGUUUCAAGUCAGAGAGGGACAUGAUCAGUGUCUCGCAGGAAACGGGUCUUACUACUGAUAUAAACGCUGAAACCUCUUCUGUGGUAUCGAAUUUUGAUAUGUGUAGGAGACCCUUCGACAAUCAGAAUCAUGCACCUGCUUCUGUUGCACUUGCAGCAGUGGAUCUCGAUAGUUUCUGGAAUUACUGAGUUCUAAUCGAAGAACCAUUUAGAAAAAAGAACCAACUUUUGAGCUAAAAGGAAGAGCCUCGGUUACAAGAUGUCUUCCGAGAUUGGUGGUGUUAUCUCUCUGUAUAGAUUUUAUCUAAAGGAUGUAUCUAAUGAAGCAUAUGUUAUGUUUUAAGUGUAAGAAAUCUUGUGAAAUUAAGCUGGUUUUGUCUUAUGAAUUUUGAUACUAUUAUAGGCUUGGGGCUGGCAUGCCAUGAGCAUGAUUAUUUUCUUUCAUCUUGGAUUAAAAAUCAUAAUAGAAUGAAAAAUCAUGAUUAU